AUGCGUAAAGUGGUUGUGGACUGUCCACAUAACAAAAAGGAGAGAUUGAAUGCCAAUUUCAGCAAGACUACCUUGUCUCCAGUGGAAGAUGGACCACAGUAUGAUGAUAUGCACAAUAUCGGCUCCAGCGGCACUUGGAUGUUCCUUAUAUUCUUGCCGUCUUCACUGGGGAAUGGAACUGUCAUCUACCUUUUCGGUUUCCAGAUUAAAAGGAGCCCUUUCACGACGUACCUCCUGAACUUGGCUUUUGCUGACUUUGGACUCCUCCUGUUUUUGGAUCUAUCUUUUAUUUUAUUCCUAACACCUUUCCUAUUCAUGUAUACUGCUAGUCAACUUUUAUUGACCUCCGUCAGCAUUCAGAGGUGCGUGUCGGUCCUCUUCCCCAUCUGGUAUCGAUGCCGCCGGCCGCAAUGCCAGUCCACCGCUGCGUGUGCCCUAAUAUGGGUUCUCUCCUUAUUGCCCUUUGCAAGUCUAUUAUUUCUCAAACAUUUCAGACUCCGUCGGACAGUCCUGACAAUUUUCUGUCUGUUUAUCGCAGCUGCUAUUCUUUGCCUCUCUCUUGUCACCGCCUCCACCCUGAUUCUGUUGUUCAAAGUCUUCUGUAAAUCCCAGCAACCUCGGAGAGGAAGAAUUUUAACCAUCAUCUUACUCACUCUCCUUUUCUACCUAAUCUGUGCUUUCCCCUCAAAUGUUAUUUUGUCAUUCAGAUUUUUUUUUUUUAAUUUGGAAAAUGACGGUCUAACGUUUUAUGGCUUCUUAUGCGCCUGUCUGAAUAGCUGUGUCAACCCAGUGAUCUAUUUCGCAGUUGGGAGAAAGAAGAGGGGUCAAAAAAGGCAGAGCCUAAAGGUCAUACUCCAAAGGGCUUUUGAGGAAAAGGAAGAGCACAGAGAGGAUUGGGGCACCCCAGCUCAGACAUCAGUAUGA